AUGUAUGAUUUGGUGAAAGCAGGUGGGGAACUUUUUGAGAAUUUUGAGUUUAAAAGCUCAGUUCAAGAGAGAUUCACCAGUGCUGUCAUCAAUUCUAAUGAACGGUUGCUGGCUCUUCAAGCAAUCACCGCCUUUGGGAGAUCUUUAACAUUUAUUCUGCCUGUGUUGGCUCUCAAGAGAAAGCAACCUGGGAAAUAUGUCCAUUUUGUAGCUGUUCCUUACGAAUCGUUGAAGAUGGCCACACGUACGAAGUUGGAAAACGCAGGUUUGGUGGUUGGAGAAACAGGUAUGUUGACAGACCUGCAUGCUGAAGCUAAUCUUUCAGGCGUGGAUGUACUCGUCGGUUGUUUUGAUAGCUAUGGAGAUGCUGGCGUUGCUGAUGUAAUGAAACUGUGGGAGAAGGUGUUUGGCACGAGACGUAGUCGUGGUAUUUUUGUUUUUGAUGAAGCACAUGUCUUGUGGCUAGAGAAAUCAUUUCGAAACAUUUUCCAUUCAGUGAAAGGUCUCAACUGGAAAUCAUUUUUGAAAGUGGUGUUUGUUUCUGCUACGCUGUCGUCAAAACUGGGCCUGUUCUUUAUUGUUUAG